GGGGAGCCGGGCAGGAUGAGCGCGGCCCCGGGCACCUCCCGCGCUCCCCAGCCGCUGCUCCGCUUCCCCGACGGGGCGGGCGGGCCGGGCGGCGGGAGGGCGGCGGGGAGGGGCGGCGGCCCGGGGCCGUGCCCCUGUCCCUGUCCCUGCUCGGGGGGGCCGCGGAAGCGGCGGCGGACCACGUUCAGCCGGGGGCAGCUGUCGGAGCUGGAGCGGGCCUUCGCCGCUGUGCCCUACCCGGACAUCGCCACCCGGGAGCGCCUGGCAGAGCUCACGCAGCUGCCCGAGGCCAAGAUCCAGGUCUGGUUCCAGAACCGCCGCGCCCGCAGGAUCCGUAGCGCCAAGCCGGAGCCGCCACCGGUGCCGCCGCUGCUGCCGCCCGGGGAGCGGGGUCCCCCCGCGGCAUCUCCCGACGGCAGCAUCCCGUGCCCGGCCCCUGCCCUGCCGCCGCCGGGAUCCCACAGCCCCGCUCGGGGCCUCCCCACCUCGCUGGGCUCCAUCUCCGACCUCAUCUACAACGCGGCCAUCACCAACCUGGGCGAGCCAUAGCCCUGGAAGGACCCCUGGCUCCCAGGGACGCUCCUGGCACCGCGGCCCCCCCGGAUUAGCGCCACGAUUUCAUUAGGGUGUGGAAUUACUGCCGCUCCCAAAGGCUCCGAGGAUGUCAUCCAAUAUCCUAAAUGCCGGUGUGGCCACAGCAGGGGCAGCUCCCCAUCAGCCCCCUAAUACCGACUAAUCUUUUGGAAAAAAUACCUUAAUCUGAGGCCGUAUCCAGGGAUGAUUGUGGCGCGGCCGCCCCUAAUCCGCAG